UUAACCUGCUGCAACGUACAGCGCUCUAUUGAAUAAAGUGACAGUGUCAGUAAUGGAGAAAGUGGACGUGAUGUGAAAGGCUUCGGAGUUCUUUUGCCGCUUUGUAGAUUUUUAGGCUGAUACAGAAUCAUGGAAGAAGUGUUUCAGAACGGGAAUUAUCAGAGGGAGUCAAACGCAAACAUAACUACUAUGGAGACACAAAAGGAGGAUGUAUUGCUUGAUCACAUGGAAAUCUCUAUAGUUGAAACUGAAAAGCGUGCAAAUGGAGCAUUGAAUUUAAGAGAGUUUUAUACAGUCUACCUCAUUGAGACUAAAGUUACAGAUCCAGACUUUAAAGGUGCACUCACCAAAGUAAGUUCUCUAUGGCGCCGAUACACAGAAUUUGAACUACUCCGAGCUUAUUUGGAAAUUUCCUAUCCAUAUAUUGUACUGCCUCCAUUACCAGAGAAAAAAGUUUUAUAUGCAUGGCAAAAGGUUACCACCGAUACAUUUGAUCCAGAUUUUGUUGACAGACGAAGAGUUGGUCUUGAGAAUUUCCUAUUGAGGGUAGCCUCGCAUCCUAUAUUGUCUCGUGAUGAGCAUUUUAUGGGAUUUUUGCAACAAAAGGAUGGUUGGAGGGAAAGCAUUAAAGAAACAGGUUAUUUGCAAUUAGUAGAAUCAAAAUUAAAGGCACUGAGUGUGGCAGUGCGAUUAAGGAAACCAGAUAAGCGAUUUGAAACAAUCAAAAACUAUGGAAUUGAACUUCAGAAUAAUUUAUGUAAUGUUCUUCGAGUACGUGCGCGACUUGUAGAAAAACAACACAGUUUGUACAAAUUACAUGCAAAUUAUGGUCGUGUAUUUAGUGAAUGGAGUGCCAUAGAAAGAGAGAUGGGUGACGGGCUGCAGAAAUCGGGUCACUACUUGGAUUCAUUAGCAGCUACAAUAGAUACAACCCUCGAAGAAGAGGAACUAAUAGCAGAUCAGUUGAAAGAAUGGUUGUUUGGUGCUUCUGCGUUACAAGCAGUUGUCAAACGAAGAGAAGCUUUACAGUUAACCAAAGAUGAAGCUCAUGAUGCUUUAACCACAGCAUUUGAACAAAAAGAAAAAAUUAUACAAGGUAAAUCUGGUUUAAUGUCAAGAUUAUUUGUAUCUGUGGAUACAGAAGAAGUUCGUGAAUUAAAAAUGUUACAAUUGGAACAAAGGAUUGCACAACACGAAGAAGCCGUCAAGCGGGUGGAUGAAGAUUUAAAAUCUUUCUCUAUUAAAGCAAUGAUGGACAUUGAAAGAUUUCAACACCAAAAGGUGGUAGAUUUAAAAGAAAUUUUGGCAGCUUACUGCAUUUUACAAUUUAAACUUGCUAGAAAGGGAUUGCAAGCUUGGCAGCAUAUCAAGAGUUGUCUGGAAAGUAUGCCAUAAAAAUCUUUUCUUAUCGAAGCUGACACAGAACAAUAAUUGUUCCACAUCUUUCGUGCGAUAUACAUUCCUAUAAUUGUAAGCUCACUCAUACUUACGCUUAUUAUUACAUCAAUGUACAAGAUUGUUUUUAUUAUUUAAUGUUAGACUAGAUAAUAUUAUAUAUACAUAUAUAUUAUAUAUACACACAAUUCAUGUUGGAUAUAUACAUAGUUAUGUGAGACAUUAUUUAAUAUUUAUAUGUAUUUAGUAUGUUCUUGUUGUACGUGUAAGAUACAAUUAACCAAUUAUGUGAAUGUUCAGGCAGUACUUAAGGGUUGUCAUAAGUCAAGAUCUGUGUGAUUUAUAUAUAAUAUAAAUCACCAAGUGAAAUCCAUAGAAUGUUAGUUAUGAAAGUUGAAAAAAUCGUUGCUGUAACUUUUUAUACACUGUCUUAUAUCUGCUCAAUAGGCUUGAAUUUCAUUGACGUCGAUUAAAUCCCGGAUUGUAUCUCACUUAUGGAUACAAUUGUUGCAUUUAUUUUUCGUAAUACUUAGGAGCCUUAAUCUCAUCGAUAAAUGAUAAAAAUUUAAGAUUUGAAAUACUAUUUUCUACGUGUGAAUAACUAUGUUUUCUACGUAUAUACCUGGUUCAGUAUAUUAUAGUAUAGUAGUUUAAAUUGUAUAUUAAUUUUUCUUUUCUUCUGUUUUUCAGUUUUCAUUAGAACUUAUUUAGGUCAUACAUUUUGCAAUGUACUCUGCAUCUAAAAUCAAUGGAUGUCUAUUAUACCAAUGUUAAAGUUUUAUAGUAAUUCCUCUAUAACAAUAACAAUUUUCUUGGUUUCUUGUCUUACUUAACAAAGAAAGCAAUCUUUUUCUUGAUUUAGCUUGCUAAAUUUUGUUUCAAUUAGGUGUAAUCAAUAUGUUGAAAGGUACAUCACACAACAUAUGUACGUUAUACGUAUGUUUGCUCAUUAAUACUCCUUAAAAUCAGUAAUAUAAUUUAAAUAAUAUUAAAUAUGAUAAAUUACAUAUUUUUUUUCAUUAAAUAUCUAAUAUAUACAAUAUUUAUAACGAAUAAUUAAUGUUGUUUGUAAUGAAUAAUUAGCUUGAACAAAAUUUAUUGUAAUACUUUUGGCGACAAUUAAUUGUACAAGAAAUUCCUAAUAAUUUAAAUAAAAUAUAUGAGACAACA